CAGCGAAACAUUAACGGACCUUUGACACAACUUCUCUUCUGGCAGGACGGCUCGCGCGUCCUUGUUGCUUUUUCAGUUCCAACUGAAACAGGUUAGGUUUUCACAGAAAUGUCCCUGGCAGAGCAAAGCCAGCAGUGGUAUCCCACCAGCGUCCAGGUAACGGUGCUCCAGGCGCGGGGGUUGCGGAUCAAGGGGAAGAAUGGCACCAACGACGCGUACGCCAUCAUGCAGGUGGCAAAGGAUAAGUUCUCCACCUCGGUGGCCGAGAAGAGCGUCGCGCCGAUGUGGAAGGAGGAGGCCGCGUUCGACCUGCCGCUCUUUCACCCCAGUAACGCGGAGCGCUGCACCCUACAGGUGUGUGUGAUGCACCGGGCUCUGAUGGGACCCGACAAAACACUCGGUCAGGCGAGCGUCAACCUCCUGGAGCUCCAGGACAAUAAAUCCCGUAAUAAACCAGAAUGGUUUAAAUUGAUGGGCAAGACGGGGAAAGCUGACAAAGACCGGGGUGAGGUGCUCCUAGAUAUUCAGUUCAUGAGGAACAACAUGACAGCCAGCAUGUACGACCUCUCCGGGCAGGACAAGUCACGCUCACGGCUUGGCAAGCUUAAGGAUAAGCUUAAAGGGAAAAAGAAAGAUGGGAUGUCAGAUUCUGCUUCCGCUAUUGUGCCUUCAUUUGGACAGGUACUGACUGACAGCGAGGGUGAGGAAGAACCUGAAGUCACACCUGGAGCCAAAAAGAAGAAUAAACUGAAGUCUCUCUUUGCACCCAAGCCGGGUUUGCACCGUAACAUGUCCCAGUCCAUGUCCACGCUCGCCACCCUGCCUGAAAAAGACUCGGCCAUCAGUCUGAGCAGAUCCUCUGGCCUAAAUGUAGAGUCUCCUGAAGGCAAAAAGAAAUUUAAAUUUCUGAAGCACAAGCGGACUGGAAGCUCUGACAGCAAGGUUUCCCAAGGUACCGGCUCUCUUGGAACGGGCAUGGUGCAGGGCAAUGUGUGCAUCAAUGGCAGUCACGUCUACACGAAAGCGCAAGAGAACAGAGCUGGUUCCACCUUCAGCCUGAACAGCUCAGGCCAUGGGUCCAUGGAGGACCUGCGCAGAGGUCAUGACCAGAAGACCUCAGUGGACUCCCUUAAAACCUCUGACCUGAAAACUCAAGACAAUUCAGUGGAAGAGAUGCACAGAAAACAAGAGGAACAGAGGAAACAGGAAGCGGAAGUCAGGGAACGACUGGAGGAGGAAAGGAGACAGGCUGAAAAGGAAGAGAGGAAAUGGAUUGAGAGAGAACAGGAAAAAAGGAGAUUAGAGGAGGAGGAGGUGGGGAAACGGUUGGAAAGGGAGGAAGAGAAGAGGAAGCUAGAGAAACAGAUAGAGGAGAGGAAAAGGAUUGAGAGGGAGGAAGAGAGAAAGAGGAUAGAGAGGGAAGAGGAGCGGAAACGGAUGGAGAGGGAGGAAGAGAAGAGGAAGCUAGAGAAACAGGAAGAGGAGAGAAAAAGGAUUGAAAGAGAGGAAGAGAGAAAGAAGUUGGAGAGGGAAGAGGAGCGGAAACGGAUGGUGAAGGAGGAAGAGAAGAGGAAACAGGAAGAGGAGAGAAAAAAGAUUGAGAGAGAGGAAGAGAGAAAGAGGAUAGAGAGGGAAGAGGAGCAGAAACGGAUGGAGGAAGAGAAGAGGAAGCUAGAGAAAAAGGAAGUGGAAAGGAGGAUUGAGAAAGAGGAGACUGAAAGGAAAAGGAUUGAGCAGGAUGAAAUGAUCAGAGUAAAGAAGGAACAGGAAAGAAUUAGACAGGAAGAGGAAAAAAGAGGGGUUGAGGAGGAGAGGAUCAAAGAGGAGAAAAGGAAGAGAAUGGAGGAAGAGGAAAAGACAAGGAAGGAAGAAGAUAAACGGAGAAAAAUGGAGGAAGAGGAGAGAACAAGACUUGAGAAUGAAAAGCUGCGAAAAAAAGGAGAGACCGGAAAGAUUGAGAUGGAAAGACGCGCUGAAGAAGAGGAAAGGCGACGGAAGGAAAAAGAAAAGGUGGAAGCAGAGGAAAAGAGGAAAAGGGAAGAGGAGAGAAGAAUGACUGAGGAGAAAGAAACGAAAGCGCAAGAAAGGUUACGGCUGGAAAAAGAGAAGGUGGAGUUCGAGAAAAAGAAAAUGGAAGAAAGGAUGAGAGAGGAGCAGGUGAGAAAAAUGGCUGAGGAAGAGGAGAAGAGGAAGCUGAAAGAGAAAGCAGACCAGGAGAGAAUCAGGCAAGAGAAAGAAGAAAUGGAGAGACAGAGGAAAGAGAAAGAACAGCGGCCCGAGGUGAAACCCAGAAGUGCUCGACUGAAUACAAGUAAAAAAGCACCUGAUGAGAUUAACUCAGACUACACCCCAUCCACCAAUCCCUUUGAAGACCUUCUCUCAGUAGACGAGAGCGCCACCAAUCCCUUCGAGCAAGCCACCGUUCCUCAACCUGAAGCCCUCAGUCGCUCAACCAAAGUGUCUGCGGUCAAGCCAAGUUCUUCUGUUUCUGGAAACUUCUUUUCACAAGCAUCUGUGCCAAACACCAACCCAUUCUUAGAUGAUUCUGAUGCCAUUAGCCGAAACACAGAGAGCGUUGUCAGUCUCACAGAAAGAUCAGAGAAGAAACGACGUGCCCCGAUGCCUCCUCAGAACACGGCGCAGAUGGAAAAACCAGACAUCCCUCCAAGAGCACCAGCAAUUCCUCAAGCCACACAAAAUUUUCAAUCUAGAGCAUCUGAGGAAGGUGGAGACUCUGAUUCCUGCAGUUUACGACAAGACAAACGUCCUGCACCUUUACGACCAGAUGUCUCAAAGAACAGGCAAGAAAUGCAAAACGAACGUGCAGACCAAUCCACGACGACUCUUAAUAUUGGAGAAUGGAGAACUACUAGAUUCCAAGAAGAAGACCAGAUGAACCAAGGGCGCCCAGUCUCGCAGGAUGAGUCAAGGACUUUUGACGCAGACAAUUUUAGGAACACCAGUUUAUCACAUCUUAGCCUGAGUCUUCCCAGUAACCGACAAGAAACCAACCCUUUUAUAUCUACCGAGGUCAAAGUAAAUAAACACAACAAGGGUCCAGCUCCAAAGCCUUUAUUACAGUCAACGUCAUGCAAGAAUUCUGCAUCUGAACCUGAACCCAACAACCUAGCCAUUCGUAACGUCUAUUUGACUGAGCAUGCUGUAUCCCUUGUUGAAGACAGAGCUACCUCAAACUCUUGCAUUGAUCAACUAGAUGAGUCUUCAAACCAGUUUACUGGAAAGCUUGUAUCUGAAGAUCCUUCCACCAAACCUAAAUCUGACCUUUCAUCAAGAGAAAGUAGACAAGAGGAUGUGCCAGCAAAGUGUAAACUAGACUUUCUUGAAAGAGACAUUUCUUUAAGGUCUGAACCAAUCCUUGGAACAGCUCUUUGCCAUAUUGAAAAUGUCCUGCCUGAUAUUGGUGUUUCCAAAAAGAGUCGGGCCCCGUUGCCUCCUGCCAAUUCAGCAGCAACUGGCAACCAGAACUCAAGCCAGCAACCAGAAGCUGUACUGAAGUCAACCAGUCAAUCCACCAGACCAGAUCAAGACAAGUCAUUAACUAUUAAUAGUAGCAUGUCAACCUCAUGUUUUACCUUAACCCAUGGAAAGUCUCCUCUAAUCUUGAAUCAAGCUCUCAAGAAAAAUGAAGUGCAAACUAAGAAUGAACAUUCUCCUCUGAGAGUGGAAGCAGGCCAAGGGUCAGGGCACCGGUCUCUGCCGCAGGCCAGAGUUUCACCGAUUGAUGUUAAGUCCAUCAUUGUGCAGAAUAAUGGAAGUGAACAUGAGAGAACAGGUGAUACUGCUGCCUUCAAACCCUGCAGGCCACAUGCAGUGAAACCCUUGAGCACCACUGACAAUCAUCCAGACCUCAGAGAGACCCAAGACAAUUCCAGAUCUGCUGCAAUUACAGAUGACAUGCAAGUCAAGAUGAAGGCCUCAGAGGCUAAAGGGACAGGACCGUACUCCCAGUUAACCAAUGAAGAACUCGUAAACUUGUUGGAAAAGCAGAAGGUGCAGCUUUCACAAAAGGACUCUAAGAUAGGGGAAUUGGAGCUGUAUAUAGACAAUCUUCUAGUCCGUGUCAUGGAGGAGAACCCCGCCAUCUUAAUGUCCUUGACUUCGAUGAAGAAAUCCGUUUGAGGGACAGUACUUUAGUAGUAGAGGGUUUUGUAUCUAAUCUGCACUGUAAUCACAAACAUGGGAAGAACAACAAUACAAGGUUGUGGGCAAAUCACAGAGGCCUUUCACUAGACCACACUACUGAGCUGAAGAUCAGGUUGAUGUAUACCUGAUUUGACAUCACACUAAAUGGUGACAACCUGAAUGUUUAUUAUUUGGCUUCCCGCAGAUCCACCUAACCAUGUGACUGAUAACAUAUGAUUUAUUUCAAGAAUUUAAGUAUUUUCCCCAAAGGUUUUUACUGUCCACUUUUUCCAUUUGAAUUGCUAAUAUUCUUUGGUUGGUUUUCUUUUUUCAUGUUAUCAUCUAUUAAAUGUUUUGGUCAAAGCAUUCAAUGGAAGUGAUCCCCACAUUUUCACUAAGUAAACAAUUUCACUAUAUCAUAUUCUUUAUGCUAAAUAUUUUAUAUUGGUUAUGAAGCUGACAAGCUGUAUAAUGUUUUGUAGACAGAGCACUGUAUUGAUACAUAUUGAAGCACUUUAAAUGAAUCAGGUCAUCUGUAAAUAAUAAAUAUGUGAUCAUUUGUAUGUUAUGCCUUUUGUCAUGUAACUUUACAGCUUUAUUAUUCUCUUAUUCUCAGAAUGUAUUCUGCUUUUGAAAUAAAGAAUGGCAUAGGUGUGGCCAGCCUCACAA